CGUGGACUAAGCUUUGACUCGCUGUACCUGGGGUAGCUGUCCGUGUCGUUGAAUUAUCCGUCCUUCUCGAAGCUAUCGCGAGCCUAUCCUAUUCCACCCUUCCCUCGCAAGCUCGCUGCUGUCUUGUAUUUCCACCCACAUGGCUGCGCUUCCGGGCUGCGAAUUUGAGUUAACCUCCGAUGGGAGCUAAUGCCGUAGGUAAUCGCUAAUUUCACCUACUUUCUCACGCUCCAACGAAAAAGGCCGUUCCCUGCUUGCGAUACGAACAGUCCUACCAGCGGACCACCUUGGUCGUAUUCGACUUACUAUUACACUAUCGACCCCGAAACGUCCCACCUUCGAAGACAGGAAACCCUCAGCCAGGAUCGCCGAGCGACCCCGAGAGCACCAUGUCCGACGUUGACAGCGGCCAGAUUGGCCAUGCACUCGUCGAGUUCUCUCUGCACGGAUUCUUCCCCGAAGAAGAUGUGUCCUCUCGCCGCAUUUCCGUGAACGACCUUGCGCCAGCCCUCGAAUUGUUAGCCUCGGCAAAAUCCAAGCUCGAGUCAGACAUCCACAAGAUCAACCAAGAGACCGCUCCGGACGUGAGUCAAUGGGUAGCCAAUGCGAAAUCCCUCGAGGGUGAUAUUAGCAGGUCGCGCAGUUGGGCGAACGACAUCGUGCGGAGAUCACAGGCCCCGGAUGUAUCAGGCCAGGCAAUACAGGAAGCAGAAGACAAGGCCGAGUUUCUCCGGCGAGAGGUCGAAUACAACCAGCGACUCCGCCAUGCAUUAAAGGACAUCAAACAUGUGAACGAGCUUCUGGACCGUGUCGAGCGGUCGCGGGAUGAGCGGAGGAUAUUGGACUCCCUCCGCCUCCUAGAACAAUCCCAGACUGCUUUGGACGCAAUCCCUAUCAGCAAGUCCUGUCGUGUGAUGAAACUGCUCGACUUGAGGGUUUUUGAGUUGAAGUCCGCCGUACACGACGUCUUCGACCACGUCUGGAAUUCCCUUCUCCGUGUCGACACUGCGAAUAGCAUAGUUACCGUGUUCGAGCGCCACGAAAACGAGCAGAUGAACGUUGGCGAUGCCGUGGCAGGCCUGACAGCAUACAAGGAAGCCGACCAGAGAAUGGGCUUAUUCUGGCAGGACCUCGAUACUGCUAUUCUUGGUCCCCGGACGAAUAUCGGGGCACAUGAACUACCGAGAAUACAACGGGAAAAUUCCUCUCUCACCCUGGCCGGAGGUGCGGAUAAAAGCGUCGCUGCUCUAUUUUCCGACCUCGAUGUGGUAAUGACAUACCUGUCAGAACGCUUACCAGAAGAGCUCGUCAAUUCACUAUCCGCUGCGAUGAUGCCCGAUCUGAUGCCACGGAUCAUAGGCACAUGGCUAGACACUACAGUUCCUGCAUCCCUCAAAGAAAUGGACGGGUUUCAGCAAGUCAUAGACACCGUGAAGCAUUUCUGCGACCGACUACAUGACUUGAAAUUUUCCGGGUUCCACGAGUUACAAGAAUGGGUCGACGAUGUGCCGAAAGUAUGGCUAACUAAAUGUAGGGAGACAGCGCUGGAUUCCAUCCGCACAAAACUAGCACUGGGCCUGGGCGAGACGAAGGAGGUAGAACGUGUCGAGACGCAGGCGGUUUCUAAAUCCGAGGGCAAGGAACUGGCUACCAACGGUACCGUUUCCGCAGGGAAUGGCUUGGACGUGAGCACAGAGGGAAAUGAUGAUGAUGAUGGAACUGACGCAUGGGGUUGGGGGGACGACGAGGCGGCCGACGACCAACCCAAAACUCCUGUCCAGCAGAAGCCGACAGACCUACCAGACGAAGAUGACCCUAUGGAGGCGUGGGGGUGGGGAGAAGAAGACACGGCGGAGACGACCGCCGAGGAACCAGCAACGAAUGCCACCUCUUCGACGGCCCAAACUCGCGAGUUAACUUUGAAGGAGACGUACCACAUCUCUUCUCUACCAGAUCCUGUUAUAGAAUUCAUAUCUGCGGUGCUGGAAGAUGCUGCCUCACUUGUAGGAAACGAAGGCCACCCGAUGGGGACGGCGGCCGCCGGCCUCUUUUCGCUCCCGACCCUCGCCCUAGCGAUGUUCCGCGCCGUGUCGCCUUACUACUAUUCUCUAACGCAGGGUGGUAAUAUGUUCCUAUACAACGACGCCUCCUACCUGUCGGAGCGGCUCUCUGACCUCGUCCAACGCUGGAAGGCCCGUGAAGACCUGGCGCCGCGGGCGAUGGCGAUGCUCCGGCUCGACAACGACAUCCAGGCGCUGCAAUCGUUCGCGGCGCGGGCGUACGGGUCCGAGAUGGCGACGCAGCGGACGGUGGUGCGGGACCUGCUCGGCAGCUCACAGAACCUGGUGCAGCGGCCGGAGGGGCUCGGGGCGGCGUCGGACGCGGAGGCGCAGGUCGACGGCGCGACGGCGCACGUGCGCGCGACGGCGGCGACGUGGUCGGGGAUCCUGUCGGCGUCGGCGUGGAAGCAGGCGGUGGGGGCGCUCGUCGACGCGAUCGCGGGCAAGAUAGUGGCCGACGUCAUGGACCUGUCGGGUAUCGGCCAGGACGAGGCGUACGACAUCGCGAGCCUGAUCGCGCGCGUGACGGAGCUCGACGACCUAUUCCUCCCCGCGGCGGCGGCCGGAUCGCCGUCGCAAGGCGUCCCGACCACGGCCGAGUACGCGCCGAGCUGGCUGCGCCUCAAGUAUCUCAGCGAGGUGCUGCAGAGUAACCUCCAGGACGUGCGCUACCUGUGGCUGGAGAGCGAGCUCAGCCUCUACUUCGCCGUCGGCGAGGUCGUCGACCUGAUCCGCCUCAGCUUCGUCGAGAACGCGCGCACGCGCGAGGUCGUCCGGGAGAUCCGGGCGAACCCGCACCCGCUCGGCGAUCGACGAUGAGAGGGAGAGAGGGAUUUGAGGGAAGAUGCAAAAGGGAGUGAGGGAGCGGAGAGGAUGUGUAGCUUAGAUGAGUGGAGUGGUUUGUUUAAUGAUGAAUGGCAUGCCAUCUCGCGCCAGCUUGGCGGUAUAUCGACUUGCCCGCCUCGUUACUCGUCAUAGUAAUCCUCGACAUUAUCUACGCAUCGGCCCGUAGCUAUACAUUAUGAAGGGGCGCACUCGACCCUGUACGUAGACCUCGUGAGUAGCAACGAAGCAUCCACUUGUCGGUCGCUGAGAGGUUAGACACAUGCAUUCAGGUGUGUGUGUGCAUAUUAAAGAGUAGCGAUUUCAGCCCGCCUCCCUACCGUACCCCUCCGUCUCUCCCUCCCUGUCUCCCUCCCAGCCUCUCUCUCUCUCUCUCUCUCUUUCUUUCUAUCAUACACGUCUCCGCCCCCCCUCCCCUUUCCCCCCAGCCCAUCUCCCCA